AUGGCCAUGAAAGAGAACAUACUCAGUGAAGUUCUGAUUCCUUCUGGGGAAUGUAUAGAGAUCAUGAUGAGAGGGGCCUCCCCUGAGCCUUCCGGCCGUGCCGCCGCCGCCGCUGCCUCCACAGGCGGCCGUAAUCGUCACAGGAAGCACGUCAGGACGGUUGAUCAAUUCGAUCUCUAUCAGUAUCCCAAUAUUUGAACGCAAACGCCUUUAACUCCUUUAAAAGUUAAUCGUAAACACGGGAAAAAGAUGGCGCGGGAAAAGAAUGGCAGUACUGGCAGCCCGAAGGAAGGGAGUUCUACUUCUUCGGUUCUUCACGGGAAGUACGAGCUCGGGCGAUUGCUCGGGCACGGCACGUUCGCGAAGGUGUAUCACGCCCGGAACUUGCAGACCGGGAAGAGCGUUGCAGUAAAAGUUGUGGGGAAGGAGAAGGUGAUGAAGAUCGGGAUGAUGGAGCAGAUCAAGCGGGAAAUCGCGGUCAUGAAGAUGGUGAAGCACCCGAACAUUGUUGAAUUGCACGAAGUAAUGGCGAGCAAAUCGAAGAUCUACAUCGUGAUGGAGCUGGUCCGUGGUGGCGAGCUGUUCAACAAGAUCGCCAGGGGACGGGUGAGGGAGGACGUAGCUCGUGUGUACUUCCAGCAGUUGAUCUCUGCCAUCGAUUUCUGUCACAGUCGAGGAGUCUAUCACCGUGAUCUUAAGCUUGAAAAUCUCCUUCUCGAUGAUGAUGGUAAUCUGAAGGUCACCGAUUUCGGCCUCAGCACUUUUUCCGAGUGCUUAAAGGAAGACGGUCUGUUGCACACGACAUGUGGGACCCCGGCCUAUGUUGCUCCAGAGGUGAUUGGGAGCAAGGGCUAUGAUGGUGCGAAGGCCGACCUCUGGUCCUGUGGCGUGAUUCUGUAUGUUCUACUCGCUGGUUACCUGCCCUUCCAGGACGAUAACGUGAUGUCUAUGUAUCGAAAGAUCCACCGUGGAGACUUCAAGUGCUCGCCGUGGUUCUCCUCCGAUGCCAGAAGGCUUGUGACAAAGCUCUUGGAUCCAAACCCGGCCACUCGGGUCACCAUCUCGAAAGUGAUGGACUCGCCCUGGUUCAAGAAAAAAGUGCAGAAGGGAACUAAUCUUGGAAUGAAGCAGAAUGAGGAACUGGAGUUCAAUGAUUGCGAUGGGAAGAAACCGAAGGAGAUGCUGGAGACACUUAACGCAUUCCACAUCAUAUCGCUGUCCGAGGGGUUCGACUUGUCCCCACUAUUCGAGGAGAAGAAGAGGGAGGAGAAGCUGGAGAUGAGGUUUGCAACCACAAGGCCUGCAAGCAGCGUGAUCUCGAGUCUCGAGGAGGCAGCAAAAGCCGGGAAGUUCACUGUGAGAAAGAGCAACUUCAGAGUCGAGCUAAGGGGACAGGAGACCGGAAGGAAAGGGAAGCUCGAGAUAGCCGCUGAGAUAUUCCUGGUGACGCCGUGUUUUCUAGUCGUGGAGGUGAAAAAGGACAGAGGAGACACUCUUGAAUACAACCAAUUCUGCAGGAAGGAUUUAAAGCCUGCUCUCAAAGACAUUCUAUGGAAUUCACCUACUGAUAACUCCAUCCCGGCUUAAACUGAGAGCCGGGGACAACUUUUCUGUUGUUGCUUAUAUCCAUUCUGAACUGUAAUUACCUCUGUUAUUGUCAACUAGAGUUUUUAAAUGCGUGUCGUGAUUAUCCAUCUAUGCGGGUUGUGAACUGUCUCCUAAGACAAAAAUGCCAGUGUAUCCUAUGUUUUGUGACCAUUAUCAUCGGUUGCGGGUCUAUCCUUCUUUUUCACGAUGAGAUCACGGGCCUUCUUCGGAGACUAUAUGUUGUUUGCAUGUAAGCUCGACCAUAAUCAUAAGGUGUUUUUCCCGA